AUGCAACGAGUGAAGCAACAAAACGAGGGCGUAAGCGAGGACGACGUGAACGAAAUCAAACAGGAUAUCAGUGCCUUCCGCUAUGAACUGCUCGGAAUUCUGCGAUCAGCAGGCUUCACUACCGGUCACACGGACAUCAACCAGAAAACAUAC